AUGGCCUUACCACAAUCAGAUGUACCAUUUUUAGGAAAUAGCUUAGCCAUAAACGGGAAGCCUGACCACACCACCUGCACAAACACUCUCCCUCCCCUCACCUCCUUCUCCGCCGCCGGCCACUUCCCGGAGCUCGAGUUCGUGUCUUGGGAUGUCCCAGAGGAAAGGAUGGAGGGCAACGACUGGUUCGAUGAACCCUUGGAUGGCGACGAGGGCUGGCGCUCGGCGGGCAACGACCUGUCCGGAUCCGGAUCCGGUGAACCGCCGCCGGCGCCUGCGCCGAAGCGGCGUGGCCGGAAGCCCGGGCCUCGGACCAACGGCCCCACCAUCAGCCACGUGGAGGCCGAGCGGCAGCGGCGGGACAAGCUAAACCGCCGCUUCUGCGAUCUCAGGGCCGCCGUGCCCACGGUGUCCAGGAUGAACAAGGCGUCCCUCCUCGCGGACGCCGCCGCCUACAUCGGCGAGCUGCGCGACCGCGUCGAGCAGCUCGAGGCCGAGGCCAAGCAGGCCACCGCCGCUUCGGCCGCUGUCACCACCGCGGCGGCGGCGGCCACCCACUCGUUCGGCCUCGGCCUCCUCCAGGAGAAGCUGGGGCUGGAGGUGCGGAUGGUCGCCGGGCUGGACGCGGCGGCCCUGCGCCUGACGACGACCGCGGCGCGCCACGCGCCGGCGCACCUCAUGCUCGCGCUGCGCUCGCUGGAUCUGCAGGUGCAGCACGCGUGCGUGUGCAGGGUGGGCGGCAUGACCGUGCAGGACGCCGUCGUCGACGUGCCCGCUGGGCUGCGAGACGAGCGCUGCCUCCGCGCCGCGUUGCUCCACAGGCUCCAGCAGAGCGGCUAG